AUGUUGCGUCCCGUGCUCCGCUCGCUGCGUCGCUCAACGCCGUUCCUCGUGGCGCGCGCCCUCUCCACCUCUGCCAGCGAUCUGCAGAUCCACAAGGUCGGCAUGGUCGGCCUCGGCCUCAUGGGCCACGGCAUCGCCCAGACAGCUGCCUCUGCGGGGUUCGAAGUCGUGGCUCUGGAUGCCGAUCCCAAGGGCUUAGACAGCGGCAUGAAGCGCAUCGAAGAGUCGCUGAGGAAGCUGCACAGUCGCGACGUGAAGAAGGGACGGAUCACGUCCCAAGAAGCAGACGAACGGGCGGCAGCGGCCCUGGCUCGCGUCACGCCGACGACCGACGUCAACGCUCUUGCAGACUGUGACCUCGUGAUUGAAGCGAUUGUGGAGAACGUGGACGUCAAGAAGCAGUUUUACGCCACGUUGGGCACCGUGGCCAAGCCGUCGGCCAUUCUGGCGUCCAAUACGUCGUCGCUCGCGAUCUCGGACUUUGCCGGGUCUUCGGGUCGCGCCGCACAAGUUGUGGGGCUGCAUUUCUUCAACCCCGUGCAACUGAUGAAGCUCGUCGAGGUCGUGCGGACGGACGUGACGGAUCCCAAAGUCUUUGAUGCGUGCAAGCAGUGGGUGCUCGACAUUGGCAAGCACCCCGUGAGCUGCAAGGACACGCCGGGGUUCAUUGUCAACCGACUGCUCGUGCCGUAUUUGGCCCAGGCCAUUGCCAUGUAUGAACGAGGAGAUGCCACGAAGGAGGACAUUGAUGUCAGCAUGCAGCUCGGUGCAGGCCAUCCGAUGGGACCCAUCACGCUAGCAGACUAUGUCGGCUUGGACACGACGCUCUUUAUCCUCGAGGGAUGGGUGCGCGAUUGUCCGAACGAGCAGGCGUUCUUUGUGCCGCAGAUUGUCCGCAAAAUGGUGGCAGAAGGCAAGCUAGGCCGCAAAACUGGACAAGGGUUCUACAAGUGGGACGGCGACAAACGUCUGUAA